GACGGGGUGAACUUUAUAAUUUCCUGUGGUGAGGUAGGAGGGGUCUUUGGGUGAUUCAAGAUGGCUGCUGAGGUUUACUUAUUCUGGCUGUUCCCUUUAUUAAAUGCGAUAUAUAUGUGUGGUGCAGAGCUAUCAUCUGAAGCCUGCCGAGAGCUUGGUUUCUCCAGUAAUUUGCUCUGCAGCUCAUGUGACCUCCUUGGCCAAUUCAGUCUCAACCAGUUGGACCCAAACUGCAGACGAUGUUGCCAAGAGGAAGCCCAGUUAGAAACAAAAAAGCUUUAUGCUGGAGCUGUCCUUGAAGUGUGUGGAUGAAAAUUGGGAAGGUUCCCCCAAGUCCAGGCUUUUGUCAGAAGUGAUAAGCCCAAGAUGUUCAAAGGUCUUCAGAUCAAGUACGUGCGUGGCUCUGAUCCUGUGCUAAAGCUUUUGGACGACAAAGGGAACAUUGCAGAAGAGCUGAGCAUUCUCAAAUGGAACACUGAUAGUGUGGAAGAAUUUCUCAGUGAAAAGUUAGAACGCUUAUAAGUUACAUAAUUGAUUGUUCUUGCAGUUUACGGAGUUAUCAUUCAUAUACAGGACUGUGCUAAUAUCUGGAAACCACCUGUGUCAUGCCAGUGAAAUUGGUGACACAAAUUGAUAAGUAUAGAUCAUGUUAUACUUUGGAAUGAAUCAAGCUGUUAUUUGAAAUUAUCUGGAAUUUGGUCCAUUUAGUCACACUAUCAUAUUUUAUGUUUGGAAGUAUUGUUUUUCUUUUGAAACAGAUGUUCUGUAUUAUUUCACUUCAAGUCUAUUCUAAAAUUUUCUAUUAAAUGUAGAUGGUUUUUGUUGGCUGUAAUUAGAUGCUGCCUGCUAUUUACUGCAGUGGAUCGGAUGCAAUAAGUAUUUGCUCUUUUGUGAAGGCUGCACAGGAAACCUUUUUAAGGGUAUGUAUAGCCUGAUGUCUUGUGCAUUUACUGAUGUUUCUGCUCUGCUGUAAUACAAGUGGGUUGGAAAGAUGACCUUGUUACAUUUGGAAUAAUAAAAAGUUAUUUCUGAA